AAGUCAACUGUCAUGUAAUUUUUUAAGAUAAAAGUUUAGGUGUGGUAAAAUAGUGAUUUGUUAAUAAUUUCGGAAAGUUUGUAGCGAUGUCGGCUACUUUAAAGCCUUAUCUAACUGCUGUACGCCACACACUUGCAUCAGCUAUGUGUUUAGAACAUUUUUCAUCGCAGGUUGUAGAAAGAUACAACAAACCGGAGGUGGAAGUUGGAACAAGCAAAGAGCUGUUAUUGAACCCGGUGAUCAUUUCGCGGAACGCGAACGAGAAAGUGCUAAUAGAAUCAUCCAUAAACUCAAUUAGAAUAAGUAUUAUGAUCAAACAAGCCGAUGAGAUUGAGAAGAUUUUGUGUAAAAAGUUCAUGCGCUUUAUGAUGAUGAGGGCAGAAAACUUUAUCGUACUCAGACGGAAGCCUGUCGACGGCUAUCAUAUCAGUUUCCUGAUUACUAAUUUCCACACUGAGCAAAUGUAUAAACACAAGCUGGUUGACUUUGUGAUAUACUUCAUGGAAGAAAUUGACAAGGAGAUAAGCGAAAUGAAGCUUGCGGUAAACGCACGUGCAAGAAUUUGCUCAGAGGAAUUUCUAAAAAGAUUCUAAUGUAGACUAAUUGGGAGUUCACAUUGACUGGUGACAGCAACAAUAUCAAUGAUUUUUUUUAAAUAGGCUUGCACUUGUCAACAAUCAAGCCUCAUAGAAAAGAGUGAUGAGUUUGGGGAGUGCGCAUGCCAAGAACAUGUCUUUUCACUCUUUCCUUGAAGCUAUCAAGUCAGAUCUACCAGAAAACAGAUGCCAGAGUAUGUAUCUGAGUUAAAGUAGUGGCCUUUAUGUUCCAGUGGUUGGCAUGUAGAAAUAAGGAUUGCAAGGUCCUAGGUUCAAUUAGUUUGGGCCAAGAACUGUAAGAUAUUGAUAUUUUUCUGAUAACAAAUCUUACAACCAGCCAAGAGUUGGAAUAUUGCCUAUGCCCAUCCCCUUGGCUCUGAGAGCAUGGUGAGCCUUGGUCUUUGUUAUUGCAACUAAUUAGGUGGGUAUACCUGUACCCAGCUUUGAGAUUUUGCAGCAUUACAAAAAUUAGUUCUUGGCACUACCUCAACAUCCCUUUGGAUGUCAUAAACGUUAUAUGAAUGGCCAACUAGACAGAGGGUUGCUGUGCUAGUUACCUUUUUAACCAUACUGGCAAAAAUGUUGAGAAAAGCAUAUUAGUCUAGUGUGAUGCUUUAAAAACUCUUAUAACAUGCAACAGGCAUUAGCAAGAAGGUGCUACAUCUUCCAAAUUAGUGCAUAUCCAUCUUAAACUGCAUUGUCUAUGCCACCAUCUGGUGACAACAUUUAUUGCUUAGUAGUUAUCUCUACUAGGUGACCAAAAUCAAAAAGUUAACACCACAAGUAAUCACUUUAAAAACACAAGUAUAUCUAGCAUUGAUGCUGUCACUGGGCAAAUAACAAUACAUACUUAUGUAUAAAAUAGUUUAAGAUUCUAAUAUUUGUAAACAUGCCAACUUGUUAUGAAUAUAAAGACUGUUUCUUGUGCACUGCAGUGUGGAUAAGUAUUUAGCUGAAAUGCCAUUGCAUUUAAGUUUGUGAAUUGCAAUAAUAGAUAUAUUAUUAUAAGACGCUUAGUUGCACACCCUGUAAAAACUGUUAUACUGUGAAAUAUGUAUAAGCAGACCCUGAGGAUAUAAAGAAAAUCUUGACAUAGAUAUGCAAAAACAAUCCAACUCACAGGUCAUAAUACUGAGGCUAAAGUGACGAAUCUACCUGAUUUGCCACUGCAUCAUAGAAGAAACAUUCUAGUCCUCAAGUCCUACCCACAAAAGUAAUAUACUUUUAAAAGAAAUAUCAUCAUGUAACUAAAUCUUCAAGUGAGAGAGGUCUUUGUGGAUUGGCUUGUUUUGUGAUUACCUAAUACCCUGAAGUUAUCACUGAAUAAAUAAGCCAAUAUAACAUUGGGAUAUUUAUUUUCAAACAAAUAAUGAGCCACUCAUAUCCAAAGCAUGCUUUGAACACCCUAUGUUUACCCCUUACACCAUGUUCCAUGAUGUUAAUCUUGAUCUUCAAAACUCACUGAUACUAUGUGACACAUCUACAUAUUUGUAUAGUUAAAAUAAUUAGGAAAGAAGAUAAGUUCACCUAACUGAUUACAAACUUGCAUAGGAAAGAGAAAUAUAAUAUUAUCGUACCCCUCUUUUAUUAAUCCUACUAUAUAAUAUUGUAAAGAGUAAGAGUUAAGUUUGAAGAUUAAGAUAGUUUUGGUGGUGCUAUAAACAUGUUUCAUCACAGAUUUUCUUAAAAAUCAUUACAUAAUUUCAGGGUUAAGUUGUAUGCUUAUUGCAGAAAAGUAUGUCAAUAAUUAUUAUUAAGUUUAUUUUUUUAUUUGAUCAAAUAUU